GGAGGCGCCGGUUGUGGCCGCGGUGUGUGGCGGAGGGAGGAUGUACACGGCGGGGACGGAGAGCUUCCUUCGCCAGGCCAGGAAAAUCCAGGAUGAAGAACUAAGAAAAUUCACUUCUCGAAUCACAGGGCUCUUCCAAAACCAGGAUUUCGGGAAUGAAACCAUCGAUUGCUUGCAAAGAUUAUUCCUUAUUGUCUCAGCCACCAAAUAUGGUCGGAAAUUGGAUGGCAAAUUUGUGGAGCUUCUGCAGACAGUGUUGCAGCUACCCAAGUCCUCCAAGCAAGUCCAGGUUCUUUGUGCUGCCAUUUUGAGAGAAAUGUUGCCAUGCAACGAUCUGACUCUGUCUUGGGAUAAGGUUCAGGACACUGAGCUCUUGAGCCUGAUGUUCUCAGUCAUGCUGCCCCAGGGCAAUGUGAAGACGGAGACAGAGGCUGUGGGGCAGCGUCUGGUCAAAGCCCUUGAAGGCCGACUUCCUGAAGGUCAGAGCGCCCGGCACUUGCUGCCCCUCCUGUCAAAGGUCAUCAGCCUGGUGCCAACGAGUCUUAACGAAGACCAGAUCAAUCUGCUCAGCAAAAGGAUGGUGGAUUGGCUGAGAUACGCCAGCGUUCAGCAAGGAACUCCCCAGUCCUCAGGAAGCUUCUUCAAUCCCAGAGCACGACAGCCUGGUCCCAUCACUGAGGUGGAUGGGACGGUUGCCACUGACUUCUUCACCGUGCUGUCGGUCGGCCAGUAUUACACAGAGGACCAGUGGCUGAACAUGCAUGCUUUCUCCAUGCUGCGGAAGUGGCUGUUGUGCUACGGCAGUGGUGGGACGAGUGGGCCAAACUCAGAUGAUAAGUCCGAAGUGGAUGGCUCUGUCAUGUCGAUGGUCUCCGUCACCUCCACCUCCAGCCGCUUGCUGCCCCCGAAAGAGCGUUUGAGGGAGAAGGCCUUUGAGUACUGCCAGCGGCUACUAGAGCAGAGCAACCGCCGGGCACUGAAGAAAGGAGAUGGGGAGCUGCAAAAAGCUUGUUUGAUAGAAGCCGUCACCAUCAUGGAUAUUAUUUGCAAGCAGGACUCCUCCUACGUGUACCGCUCACUCUCCUGCCUGAAGAUUUUGCACGGCCGGAUCAGUGGGGACCUUUCCUAUGCUCGAGUGCUGCUGCCUAUCGCCCAGUUCUUCGUGAACCACAGUGAGACAGCAGCUGUCGAUUCAGAAGCGGUUUACAAGCAUCUGUUCAGCAAGGUUCCUGCCCAGCUGUUCCACAGUCCCAUGCUUGCCUACGAGUUCGUCCAGUUCUGCCUGCACAACGUAUCUUUUUUCACAGAGAAUCUCUGCAUCUUCCGCCAGAGCACCCCAAACCUAUUCAAGUUUCUAGCAUGGAACAGCCCAGCCCUGAUUGCUGAAUUUAUGGAACUUUUACCAGCCCUGCUUGGGGCAGAUACCGCUGUGGAAAUUUUUCACUUGCUGCUGGACCUGCCAUGUUUAACGGCUGCCUUGGACGUCCAGUUGAGGUCUGCCCAGACUCCCAUGUCUGAGCGAGCCACCUUGGACCCAGCAGCGAAGCCGGCCACCUGCUUAGAAGCCUUCCGCUACCCACAAUACCGGGGCCUGUUCCAGUAUCUUCUCCGGGUCGAGUCUGCUCCAGGAGACCCUGACAGGUUGACUUCACUCCGCCAGCUCCUGGGAUCCCUGGCCACUUCCCCCCGCGUGGUGCAGUGCGCCGAGAGCAUCCCUGUCUUACUGCAGCUCUUCUUUGAGGUGGUGGCUCAGUUUGCAGAUGGGGACCUCACCAAUAAGCUGGUGCUGGCGCUGCUGGAGAGGAGCAGCCAGCUGUACGAGAUCCCUGCUUUCAAGGCCGAGAUGCACCAAGUGAUGGGCUCGCAGCUGCCUAUUCUGUGCAGACAGCACCCGGCGUUGGUAGUGGAACUAUGCAAGCCACUCCUGGAGUUUUCAGGAACAGUCACCAACAUUCAGAGCAAGGAAGGGAUUUUCACCCACGUGGUGUGGGCCAUUGGUGAGUACGCCUCUGUGCAGCAUGACCGAAGGUGCACGGUGGAGCAGAUCAACAAGUUCUUUGAGGUUCUUGAGGCCAUGCUGUUUGAGAUCACGCAGCUGCGGCCCUCUGCCAGCAUCCCCAGGUCCUCACCCCGCGUCCUCACCGUCCUCAUGACUGCCCUGACCAAGCUGGCAUCGCGCAGCCAGGACUUGAUCCCAAGGGUGUCCCUCUUCUUGUCCAAGAUGAGGCUUUUUGUUCAGAGCCCCACCAUCUCCUCUGGGUACAGCACCGAAGAUGCCGAAGCCAUCCUCACGCGGGCCACUGAACUGACAAACCUCCUAAAAAUGCCGAGUGUGGCUCAGUUUGUGCUGACACCGUCGGACGAAGUCUCCAGGUCCCGGUUCCACCGUGACAUGCACGCCUCCCUGCCACUCACCAUGAAGACAACCAGCUGGCUGUUAGGAGGAGGGCCGGGCUCCAUUUCAGCCUGAAUGUUAGGAGUCAGAGCACAUUCAGACCUUGGGUUGUGGUGGAGGGGACGUUUUUGUCACACUGGUUUUGGCAGGUUUGGGAAAGGGGGGGGUGCAGGUUACCUCUCCUAAGGGACAGACCUCCUUCAAAGAGAAUGGAGGAUUGUGCACAGCACAGAAGAAUAAAAUGAUUCAAGUCAAACUCCUUUCAUUUCAAGACUGGAUCGAUCUGAUUUUCCCCCCUUACGCUUCUCUCUCUAGUGGUCAGAAUCCUUUGCCUUUCUUGGUGUGCACAGUUAUAGAUUUCUUUUCCCUUCAUUGCAAAUUGUGACCCAGUUCAGUAAAAGUAUCUGGUGUGCCA